GGUGACCAAGUGGGCACGACCAUGCCGCAAGGUGUAGACUAGUUGACCAAAUGGACGAAUAAUUAAUAAUUUUAGUUUGACGCAGUACUAAUUUUAAUAAUCGUUAUAGUUUAUUCUUGAAAUGAUUUCAGGAGUGAAAUCCACGAAGUUCACCAUCGUUAACAAUUGUCCGUACACAAUUUGGCCUGCUACUCUUACCGGAGGAGGCGGUAGUUCUCAAGCCCCGACUGGGUUCGAACUGGCACAUGGUGCAUCCACGUCAUUUGACAUCCCCGCCCAAUGGACAGGUCGCUUUUGGGCAAGAACAGAGUGUAGCACCCAAACCAGCAAGUUCUUAUGCGCGACCGCCGACUGCGGCUCUGGUCAAGUGGCGUGCAACGGUGCUGGAGCGAUUCCUCCGGCGACUCUAGUAGAAUUCACAUUGGGGGGUUUCCAAGGUAAGGAUUUCUACGACGUCAGCUUGGUGGACGGAUUCAACCUCCCCGUCUCUGUUGUGCCGGACAACCCAAACUGUCAUCGGACGGAUUGUCCGGUGGACGUGAACGCGAAGUGCCCAACGGAGCUGGCAUUGAGGGAUGGAAACGGGGCGGUGGUGGGAUGCAAAAGCGCAUGUUUGGCACUGGGGCAACCGCAAUACUGUUGCACGGGGGAUCAUGGGUCGCCACAAACAUGCCCGCCCACCCAAUAUUCUUUAUUUUUCAAAGGAUUGUGUCCCAAUGCGUAUAGUUAUGCCUAUGAUGACAAGACAAGCACUUUCACCUGCAACACUGGUCAAGCCAAUUACGUCAUCACCUUCUGCCCUUAGAACAUAUAUAUAUAUAUAUAUAAAUCGUGUUGAGAUUUUAUUUAUUUGAGAUUAAAUGUCUUUUAAUUUUUUUCUUGGUGUGGAAAACUUUAAUUUGUAGUGUCAUGUAUUGUUUCUCAUCACCACACCGUUGAGAUCACAAAAAUAAACUGCUAUUUCUUUUCGAAAAUAUUUUUCCCAAAUUUCUUUCUUUUUAACUAGAAAAGAAAUACUCAUUACCCCGUAUAACAUUUAGAAUAUAAUUACUACAACAUUCAAUUUCUUGAUAUAUUAUACCACAUCCAUCUAAUGUAAUGAAAACCGGACCGCACCGGCUAGUCAAAUCGAUUGGACCGCUACCCCUAGAAGUACGUAUCAGGCUUGAUUCAAUGCUCAAAUCAUUUUAGGAAAUCCCGUCCAAACCCGGUGGAAUCAAUGAAUCGGGUUGGCUCGGACGGUCCACAGAAAUGAAAACAAGAGAAACAAAGCCAAAACUACUCAAAAGAGUCUCCUUGCAUAUAUGCCUUUGCUUCAGCCACUAGCUACUUGGAAACCUCCCUCUGGACACUGUAAAAAAAGAAGAAGUUCAUUCCUCCAAUCCUCACCUUAUCCCAUACAUACAGCAACUGCAAAUGGACACUGUAAACAGACAUGCUCAACAGACUCCGUUUGACAACCACGUACAAAUCGCACAAACUUUAGCAAUGCCUAACCCAUUCCUAUCCAAAGCCAAAACUACUCAAAAG